AAACAGUCUCCCUCUCUCUAUUUUCCUCUCUCUUUCUCUCUCCCUGAGCCUAUACCAUUUGUAGCUUGGUGUACCUCAGUUCUUACAAGUGGGUUCCCUCCAAUCCCAAAUUGCCGCCUUUUCGUUUUUCUUUUUUAUUUUCUCCCCGGAAUUCAGAAUAGAAACCGACGAAUCAAAGCGCGUAAAGGGUUGGGAUCAUUAUCGAGUAUCAACUCACCUGACAUUUGCAGAUUUAUUAUUAUUAUUAUGGGUUUGAUUCUCCUUUAUCUUUCUCUGUCCCUCUGAAACGCAAGCGUUACAUGGGUCUCUUCGCCCUUCCAUUCUGAUCUCUGAUCACGGUAUUGUUGCCUGAUUCUUUGUACUUGUUCUCUGCUCCCAGAUCUUCCCGUGUUCAAUUCCCUCUGCGCUUCCUGGAUUUCUCUGUGUUGGAAGUCAAUCGGUAUUAUGGGAAGAUCGAGUUGAGACAAUCGCACUCUUUUGUCUUCUUCAGACAGAUCUCGUAGUCUUCAAUUGUGUACAAAUCUCAGGUUUUGACCUCCAAAGCCUUCAAUCAACCCAAAAAAUGGGGAAAUCUGGUAGAGAUUGGACACAGAUCUACGCAAUCUACGGCAUGGAGGAAGGCCAAACCCUAGUUUUCCUUCUAAUCCACGCCAUUUUCUUCUCAUUCCUCUCCAUCCUCUUCCUCCUCUACUUCAACCCAAUCUGCUACUUCUUCGGAUCACUCGCACUCCCUGCCGGAGCCGCCCGCUUCGCGGCCGGAUUCACCGGCUCCGUCACGGCCAUCUCCGCCGUCUGCCUCUUCUUUGCCGCCGGCAACAUGUUCUACUCCUCCGUCGGUCUCCACUGGGACAUGGCCCAGCGCAUGGUCAGCGCGGUCAACGACUGGUCAACAGUGAAGUACGCCCUCGACGUCGGCUGCGGCCGCGGCAUCCUCCUCAACGCCGUCGCCAUGCAGCUGAAAAAGGAGGGAAGCUCGGGGCGCGUCGUGGGGCUGGACCGCCGGAAGACCACGGUUUCCACGCUCCGCACCGCCGGGAUCGAGGGGGUGCAGGAGUACGUGACGUGCCGAGAAGGCGACGCGCGUCGGCUGCCGUUCUCUGACAAUUACUUCGACGUGGUGGUGUCGGCCGUGUUCGUGCACAGGGUGGGGAAGGAGUUCGGACAGCGGACGGCCGCUGCCGCCGCGGAGAGGAUGAGGGUGUUGGGGGAGGUGGUGAGGGUGUUGAAGCCAGGUGGGGUAGGAGUGGUGUGGGACCUGGUACACGUGCCGGAGUACGUGCAGAGACUCCAGGAAUUGAGAAUGGAGGACAUCAGGGUCUCCGAGCGCGUUACCGCCUUCAUGGUUAGCAGUCACAUUGUCUCCUUCCGGAAGCCCAAUCACCUGCUCCUGGGUCCAGGGGAGGUCAGGCUGGACUGGAGAUGCACCAACAUUUGUUGAGAUUUCACCUUCAACUGUAAUUCAGCCAAAAAAAAAAAAUUAUAUAUACUUAAAACAGUAUUGAUAGUGCUUUUUGUUUUUUACUUUUUCAAAUUAGAUGUAGAUGUCUGGGGAGACGAAGCCGAGCCAGACGACGAUGCUUCUAUCUGAAAGAUGGACGUAUUGUUCUUAUGUUCAUAUCUGUGUUUUGUUUUCAUUUUAUUUUAGCUAUGUGUUUUUGUUUUCAGAAA